AUGGCCGACGCUACAAAGUCCCCAUCAGGGAAGAAUGCAUAUGUCACACUCCUCACAAGACCAAGCUACCUUGCCGGCGCAAUUCUCCUCGCAUACACACUAAAGAAGCACUCGCCUGAGACGCCAUUGAUCAUCACGUAUACUCCAGAGACGCUCCCUGAAUUAUCCGUCCAGGCCUUCAGGGAUGAAGCCAACCACUCCAACAUCAUCCUCCACCCCGUCGAGCAUCUACGUCUCCCUGAAGAUGGCACCGAACACGGCAUGGUCGCGGAGCGCUUCAUCGACACCUGGACGAAACUACGUGUCCUCGACCUACACGAAAUGGAGCAAAAGUUCGAGAGGCUAUGUUGGCUCGAUGCAGAUAUGAUGAUUUUCUCAAACCCAAGUCCACUCAUCUUCAACGACAAGAACGACGAGUAUCUAGACGGCGGAGAUGGCAUGAGGAUGAUGGCUGUACACACGUGCGUGUGUAACCUCGACCACGAUUCAUGGGCGCCUGAGUCCUGGAAACCAGAGAAUUGCGCCAUGGCUAGACUCACGUCCAGCAAUGAAUUAGCCAAAGUCGAACCUGACCCAGACACUUUGAGCAAUUUCAACAGCGGCACGUUCUUGUACAAGCCCUCUCCCGCGCUGUCCAAAUUCGUCCGCAAGAAAUUCCAAGACUUGGGCAAUGCCAAACUCCGCGCCAUGAAGUUCCCAGACCAGGAUUUCUUAAACGAGGCAUUCGAUGGCCGCUGGUCGACGCUCUCGUGGAAAACAAACGCGCUCAAGACGUGGAGGUAUUGGCACACGAACAUCUGGCGCGACGACCAAGUCGCCGUGUUGCACUACAUCGUCGACAAGCCGUGGGCGGCACGCGUCAAGCCCAAUGGCACAGCGGGCUACUUGGGCAAAGACGGCGAGACGCACAAGUGGUGGUGGGACGAGUACAGCAAUUGGGAACAAGAGAGGAAAGACCAGGGCGAGAAAAGUCUACUGGACAUUGUGGGCAAGUACGCGGCGAAUGAGAAUGGAGAGGAGAAUGAGGAAAUGAGAGCGAUUGGAGGAGGUGCGCAAGACUUUGCGAAGAAGUGGCCGCAGAAGGAAGGGGAGGGGGAGGAAGAUGGGGGUGGAGACAGUCCGGAUAGACCGGUGCUGAGGAAGAAGAUGUUGGGGGAGAGGGGGCAUGGGCCGGUGGUGAGGGGUGGUGGUUUUGGUAGAGGGAGUGGUGUGGGGUGGAGUGUCAUGGAGAACUGA